AUGUAUUUGACAGUUGCAGCUCAAGUUUUGUCAUAUACCGUGGAAUUCUUUACUUACCUAUAUUUUAAGUCUAGGAAAAAAAUAGUGACCAUUCCUGAGAUAGAUGAAGUAUACAAACUUUUUUCUUCUUUUCCCUCAUCAGGAAGUAUUGAUGAAGAUGUUGUGGUGAUUGAGGCAUCCUCCACUCCCCAGGUCACUGCUAAUGAAGAAAUAAAUGUUACCUCAACAGAUAGUGAAGUGGAGAUUGUCACGGUUGGCGAAAGCUACAGGUCUCGUUCAACACUUGGACACACCAGAUCACACUGGGGACAAAGCUCUAGUUCUCAUGCUGCACGACCUCAAGAACAGCGGAACCGCAGUAGGAUUUCCACAGUCAUACAGCCACUGAGACAGAACGCAGCAGAAGUGGUGGACCUUACAGUGGAUGAAGAUGAGCCAACAGUUGUGCCAACCACGUCAGCUAGAGUGGAGCCGCAGGUCGUGAGUUCUGCUUCCAGUAACAGUGCUAGUACAUCUACCUCAGAGCAGGCCUCUGAUGCAGCUCCAAAUGUCUCCAACAGCCAGCCCUCUGCAGCACCAGAGACAACUUCUAGUCUUCCCAGUAGCGGCACUGCUGGUACUUCAGCUGGAGAUGAUAUAAGAAGAACUACAUCUAAUACAACACUGGAAACUGGCCCUCCAGCCAUGCCAAGGUUACCAUCAUGCUGCCCUCAGCAUUCUCCUUGUGGAGGACCUUCACAGACUCAUCAUGCACUGGGGCACCCGCAUACAAGCUGCUUUCAGCAGCAUGGCCACCACUUUCAGCAUCACCACCACCACCACCACAACCCUCACCCAGCUGUUCCACUGUCUCCUUCAUUCAGUGACUCUAGCUGUCCUGUUGAAAGGCCUCCUCCAGUGCCUGCACCCUGUGGAGCAAGCAGCAGUUCUGGCACCAGUUACCAUGACCAGCAGGCAUUGCCAGUAGACUUAAGCAGCAGUGGUAUAAGAAGUCAUGGAAGUGGUGCUUUUCAUGGAACAUCUGCUUUUGAUCCUUGCUGUCCUGGUUCUUCAUCUCGAACUGCAAUUUAUGGGCAUCAGGCUGGUGCUGGCCCAAGCCAAUCAAUAACAAUAGACGGAUAUGGAUCAAGUAUGGUUGCGCAGCCACAGCCCCAACCUCCUCCUCAGGCAUCACUUUCUUCCUGUCGGCAUUAUAUGCAUUCUCCUUAUGCUUCUUUGACCAGACCUCUUCACCAUCAAGCUUCUGCAUGUCCUCACUCUCAUGGAAAUCCUCCUCCACAACCACAACCUCCACCUCAAGUAGAUUAUGUUAUCCCUCAUCCAGUACAUCCCUUCCAUCCUUCAAUCUCCUCUCAUGCAUCUUCUCAUCCUGUUCCACCUCCACCACCAACUCAUCCUUUAGCCAAUGCAGCUGCUCCAAUACCACAGCAUCUUCCUGCAACACACCAGCCUAUAUCCCAUCACAUCCCUGCAACAGCACCUCCAGCACAGAGGCUACAUCCUCAUGAAGUGAUCCAGAGGAUGGAGGUCCAGAGAAGAAGAAUGAUGCAACACCCAACACGUGCUCAUGAGCGGCCUCCUCCGCAUCCUCAUAGAAUGCAUCCCAAUUAUGGUCAUGGGCAUCACAUUCAUGUGCCUCAGACAAUGUCUUCCCAUCCUCGACAAGCUCCAGAGAGAUCUGCCUGGGAACUGGGAAUUGAAGCUGGUGUGACUGCAGCUACUUACCCUCCAGGGCCCUUGCAUCCUCACUUGGCCCACUACCAUGCACCUCCUCGACUUCAUCACUUGCAAAUAGGAGCCCUUCCUCUAAUG